AGUCUCGCCUGUUUUGUUCUAGUUCGCGCAUGCGCGGGGGUUGUGACGUCACGGAACCCGGAAGGAGCCGAAGGGGCAACAUGUGCGGCGGAUGCGUCAAAACCGAGUAUCCCUCCCGGGGUAACACCUGUUUGGAGAAUGGUUCCUACUUGCUGAACUAUGUUGGUUGUACUGAAUGCAAAAAGAGAGAUUUUGUGAUGAUAACAAACAGAGCAAGAGAAGAAGAGGAUGGAGAAGAGAUUAUCACUUAUGACCAUGUUUGUAAGAACUGUCACCAUGUAAUAGCCAGGCAUGAGUACACAUUCAGUGUAGUGGACGAUUACCAGGAAUACACCAUGCUCUGUAUGCUCUGUGGCAGGGCAGAAGACUCAAUCAGCGUCUUACCUGACGACCCUCAUCUGAUGACUCCGUUGUUCUAAAGCUUUUAAUUUUGUAAUUGGCUAUUUUGUGCUCAUUUGUGUCCAGUAGCAACAAAAACAUGGAAUAAGACAUUGUAAACAGUCCAGUUCCCUGUGUACACCAGGGGUGGGCAGUCGCCCUCCAAAUAUUGCUGGGCUGCAUCUCCUCACAUGAUUUAACUGUUCUGACUAUAGCUGGAAGGUCACAGGGUACUGACAGUGACACAGAAAGUCAGAGUAAUUGUGGGGUCACCAAAUUUCAGCUUGGUAAGAUUUUUCUUGCAGAAAGCUAUGGAGAAAGAUAAUGUUUCUUUCUUCUAGUGCUUUCUGUAUAUUACAAUAAUUAUGAAUAAUAAUAAUAAUAGACAAAAUCAUGAUCUGUCAACUGCAAAAGGCCAUCUUACUUGGAUCUGCACACAUCAUUUGAAAAUACAUCACAGAGUCCUAGACGCUUGGGAAGUGUUCGACUUGUGAUUUUGUGAUACGAAAUCCAGCAUAUAGAUCUCAUUUUCUGUGACAUACUGUGUUUUUGUGUCAGUUUUGUUGUUGUUGUUGUUGUUGUUGUUGUUGUGUCAGGAGCGACUUGAGAAACUGCAAGUUGCUUCUGGUGUGAGAGAAUUGGCCUUCUGCAAGGGCAUUGCCCAGGGGAUGCCCGGAUGUUUGGAUGUUUUACCAUCCUUGUGGCUGGCUUCUCUCAGGAGGAGCUGGAACUAACAGAGGGAGCUCAUCCGCACUCUCCCCGGAUUUAAACCUGCGACCAGUCGGUCUUCAGUCCUGCCAACACAGGGGUUUAACCUAUUUUUAUUUUGUGUCAGUAAAAUAAUAAUAAUAAUAAUAAUAAUUUUAUUCCUUACCCGCCUUUCCUUGUGGCUCGAAGUCUUCUUUCAGGCAUUGUGAACUGUAGGAUCUCGCAGAAAGUUUUGGGAAAAGGCAGAAAUAAUAGACAUUUCCCAAGCAGUUGCUGUCGUUCUAGUGGAAAGAAGUCCCAAACUCAAGGUCCCAAGUAUAUGUGCAGAGUUGACAUGUGAUAAUGAACCUUUAAUUCAAUUGAUGGAAUAGGCCUAUUGAAUCAAUGGGGCAUACAUAUUUGUUGGCUUGCCAUUCAGUUAUUGAGUCUGUGUAUCUGUUCUGGUUAGGUCUGUUUACCAAUUGUAUGUAAUUUUAAGGCAUUUAAUGGUUGCCAAUAUGUCAGGCUGCUCUAAGUCCCCCUCAGGGUUGAGUAGGGCGGGAUACAAAUAUGGCAAAUAAAUAAAUAAAUAGGUCCAGCAUUGGAUUUAGCUCUGUGUCUGGCUUUUUAGGAGCUUGACGAAGGACAGAAGCAACAGGAGAAACCCUCUUUUCCUGUCUGAAGAUUGCACUGCUUUAAAUCUCUCUCACCAGGGGUUGAGGAACACUUGACUCUUGCAAGUGGUUUGUUGAUGCCUGAAAUUAGUGCAGUCCACCCUCAAGAUGUUCAAGUAAAAACUUCUUACCCUGAAUCUACAGGAGGUAGAAAGAUCAGUUGUAAAAACCAAUUAUAUCUGUGAUAGCUGUAAGGCAUAAUUAUUGGGAAUGCUCCUGGCUAGACUUGUCGAUAAGACACAUAUGAGCUGCUUUAUGUGCAGAAAGUAAUAGUAAAUUAAAGAUAAUGAAAUGAACUUGCCCCGAUGAUUUUCCGUUUAUCCUCAGGUUAGGUUGUUAUCAAAUUGUGUAUUUAAUGAAUUGAAGCAAAUGUAGGAGGAAGGAUGAUUUCACAGCUAUGAAUAUGUCCUAAGCAGUUUAGUCCAGCAGACAUCUAUGGUAUUACCACCUUAUGAUACAUGACCAGUGGUGUGUAAUUUGGUUAAAAUACAGUUAACACCCAUGAUGUUAGGUGAGAGAGAGCAUUUCAUGUGCAAACUAGGUGAAUAUGAGCUUUCAUCCUUCAGAAACUGAGCAGUACACAAUAACUCUUUAGACAGUGCAUGGUUGUGAAAUGAAUAUGUCCCAUGUAGCACACACUUGAUUUCUUCCAGCCAAAGUUAGAAGGAUCAUCUCUUUCUGUGAAAGUGCUGCAUUUCUAUUAGGGUGACAUUCCCUCCCCCCACCCCCACCCCGGAAGCAUUGUAGUGGCAGAUUCUACCCUGGUUUCUGCCCUUGCUGCAGUUGGCAUUUCAAAAGCCUGUUUUCAUGACCCAACUGCUGUGCUGAAAUGUGCAUCCAGCCAAUUAUUUUUUUGCCCUGCAUUCACACUACUCCUUGCUUAAGUGCCAGAGCCAGAUUUUUCAUGCAUGCCAAAGUUCCAUCAUCAGACAGCCAUCAGGAGAACUACCAUUUGCUGUGAUAUUGUGUUUGUUUGGGUACAUGGUGAAAUAUUGUACAGAUAUGGAGUCCAGAGUUACAGAUCAGACUAUAUGUUGCCAAGCUAGUUGGCCGUGAGAAUGGAAUGCAGCCUUCCUCUGCCGUUAGCUGUGAUAAAUAAAUGAAAGCAGUGUUUUUCCUUAUCAGAAGAUUUGGACAGAGUCAAGGUCACUGUCACAUCCCCUGAAUGUCUGGAUGACCACUUUUGGAAGUGAAGGAUACUUAAUGUAAAUAGAUUUUUAGUCAGCAUGGCAGUUCUGAUUAUAAUAUUCAAUAAAAUUAGAUCUGAAUGGA